CUAUAAUCAACAAAGAUAAUUUUUUUAUUUACACUAUGUUUAAGCUGGCGAAUAAAACUACUUGAAAAGACGAUAAAACUGGCCAAAUUAGUAAUGAUAGUAUGCAAGAUUUGUGUUAUUAAGGGAACACCCAGAAAUAUUCCAACACAAUAGAAUAUGGCUCACAAGAAAUCAGUUACGGAAAGUUCAGAAACCGAGCCAGUGUCAAGGAGAACUAGAUCCAAUAAACAGAAGACGAAAGAAGAACCACAUCGUUUGUCAGACCAUACAGAAGAUUUGGUACAGGAAACAAAGAACAAUGACAACAUGGUUACUGAAAGUGGGAAAUCAGUCGACAAAAAUAUGGAUAAAGGUCUGUCAGAAAAUGUACUCGGAGACAACAAGCAUUCAUCUUCAAAGAUGGUGACUGAAAGUAAAUCCGAUACCAUGACUCGGAACGACAACCCGUACAAGGUGAUAGAUGACGAAAGGAAUGAGACAAAUGUUGAAGUAACUGAAAGCUUCACGCAAUUUUCGGAAGAUGGAUGUAAUAUUGUCCGAAAACGACACGAAAUAAAUAAAGAAACACCGACCGUUCGCAGCUAUAUGGAAAAAGGUCAAUUAGAUUAUGAUACAAAAUUGAACAGAAAUGAAAAGAAGCAUGCCAAGAACGUUGAAAUAAUUGAUCACAAUAUAAAACACAUUAAAGCUUCCAGGAAGUUUCCUUGGUAUGUUCUGUGUGCCGCCGUAGUUGUACUUGUUCUUAUACUGUAUUGGAUUAUGACACCCGGGCAAAAUGAUGAAGUAAGGGGAUCACAUACAGACGUACCAAAUACCAGAUAUCAAUCAUUUCAAGAUAAGAUUGAGUUGGUCAAAAUAAAGUAUCUAAAACAAACGGAGAGAUUUUGGAGAAUAGUAGAAAGUCAGUUAAAGCGACUGCUAACUGAAACCACAGAGAAUUACCCGGCUGUAAUCAUGAUCGCCAUACCACUCGGACAAUCGCAGACUGGAAUGUGCUUGGCAUUGGAUAUCAUUCACAGUAUAAACAAUGUGUAUGGUGGAACUUUUUCAGAUACAUUUAUUGAUCUUAGAUCGUUAAAAGGCGAAUCAGCUGCCAAAAGAAAACAAGACUUGGAUGAACUUUUGCAAGCUGCUUUGAAUACGAACAAAGGAGUACUUCUUGAUCAUCUGGAAAUGCUUGAAGCGGAUGUAGCAUUGCUCUUACAUGGGUAUUGUGACGGAGAUAACGCACCUUUUAAGAGCUCGGCGAUAUUUCUCUUGCUUCAUACAAAUUUCAACUCUACUAGUCUUCAUGACAUGUCAGUGAGUGAUACACUUACUGAAUUAUGGCAGGCCGGUCUUGGAAAAGAUGAAUUUGAUGCUUUGGUGAGCCGAAUAGCCAAUAAUAUUGCGGCUGUGGAAAACGAAGACAACUUUAAAUGUAAUGUGACAGAAAUGUAAUAGACCUUUAGGUGGAACAGUCUCUAAUAUUUCUUAAUGUUACAUAAACUACAAACAUUAUAUUUCGUUAUACUGCAACCGUUUCUUUUUUCCAGCAAUUGUUUUCAGACACUUUUAGUGAAUUUGUUAAACUCAUUGCUUCACAUGACUAGGGCAGUUUAAUUGAGAUAAUCAUUCCUGUAAAAACAAGUAUGAACAACCAAAAUGCUCGAGCCAAAAACACAAGUAGCUGAAUGAAAGAAGAAUUUUAUGAUGGCAUGCAUCAGCAAUUUGAUGUAUCCUGAUUUAAGCAAAUAAACA